AUGCUUACUAUUGGAAGAAUCGUAGACAAAACUUGCUCAGCCGGUCACUAUCUAGACAUGGACUCUCAAGAAUGCAAGCUAUGCCCUGCUGGCACCUAUUCUCGUGGAAACGUGCUUGAACUUUCGAAGUGGAAGACAAUUCCAACCGAGCUGGCCACAGAUGUUACCUACAGUUCACAGAUGCCUGAUGGGUGUAACUCUACUCAAUGGACACCUAUGGGCGACCACCUACUCGGCAAGGCGACACCUGGCUGUUCUGCGGUUUUAUCAUUGCAGUUAAACAACCUACAGGACGGAGAAGUUUCUUUCAUGUACAAUAUCGCGGAUACUACAACCAUGGUCUUUUUCACAAUUCACAACGAGCACUGUACGCGCCUACCUGAGUCUACAUUCAUUAUCCAAAGAACCGGUCAAAAUGUGCUGUACAAUGUCUCUGCCCCACUACGGAAAGGACGAUAUGUGAUACAGUGGGAAAUGUUUGUUGAUGAGAACACUUUUGGCUAUCUCUUCGGUAAUCGAGUUGCUUCUAUCAAGAUAACUGAAAUCCGGAUCAGAGGGACUCCACCAAUAUUACAUUGCAAUGCUUGUCCUGCAGGGACCUACGCCAACGCCGGAGGAAUGUCUCAGUGCGAGUCGUGUCCAGCGAACACAUUUUCACCCGCUGGUGCCCAGGCUUGUAGCGCCUGUGCCGUUGACGAAUAUUCAAGUCCCGGCUCGGAUAAAUGCAACCGAAGACUUCCAUGUACGGAGAAAGAUUUCAUGGGAGUGUGGACCCCAUGUGAUGAACAAGGAAAAACGUGGAAGACCUACAAAUGGAUCGAACCAGUUAUCUGCAACACACAAACAGGCGUCCAGCUGCCGCAGUCUGGGGAUCCUGUCGACUGCACAUGCCCAUUCGGAACGCAUCUCCACAACGCAACAGCUUGUGAGAGCUGUCCAGCGGAUCAGUCAGUUACGGACUCCACAUGCUUGCGUUGUGAAUCGGAUAGGGUUCCCGUUGUUGGCCUGCACUACGAUCGAUGGUCUCGAUUUCCUCCACACCUGACAACGUGGUGUUUGUCGAUGUUCAGGCCCUAUGCUCCACGCUGCAAACAAAAUAACACCUUUCUAAAUCCACGAGAUCCUUUCUAUAUAGGAGCUUUUAACAUCCGUACUCUAUGUCAAAUUGGCAAACAGGCUAUGCUUGCUGAAACCCUGUACUCCCUUAAAAUUGAUGUAUGCCGUGUCCACGAAACACGCAUACAAGACUCGAGCGUUGUUCUGCAUCUCAGAACGCCAAGGAUGAACUCAGCUCUUUCACAUUUCUCCCUCCGUGUGUCUGGUGACCCAGAAGCGAUGACUCGUGGAAUAUAUGGCGUGGGAGUUGCACUCAGCCCCAGAGCUGAACGCGCUUUGCUGGAUUGGAUCCCAGUGAACAGUCGUCUCUGCGCCGUCCGGUUAUCCAGUUCAAUCAAGAUCAAUGCCUCCUGGCAUAAAAAGUGGUGCCUGUUUGUCGUGUCGGCUUAUGCCCCGACGGACUGCAGUUCUGAUGCGGAGGCUGCGCUGGUCACUGCCGUCUUCCUGGAUGGGGACCCCGAGACGAAUGCGACUGAACCCACAACUCCAGUCGUACGAACAAUGACUUCAAAGGGGAGAUCCUUUCAUUGGACUGUUUUGUUCCAUUCCAUUCUUGAUUCUUCGAAUCUCGAUAUUGGCUGUUCAGUUGCUGCAGUAUAA